UGCUAGAUGAUUUGGAAUUCGGUGCGAUUCAGUCAAGACGAUCUCUGUUGCCUGCUGAAAGUAUCGUGUGUCGUCUCAGAAUCCGGGAGCUAUGGAGAGCCACAAGCCGCUGAAGCUUAAGAUCAAGCUGCCGACUCGCGUGCAGCCGGAGGUGAUGCCGCAGCCCGGCGAGGCGGGGCUCUAUACCAAUAAGAUACAUUAUCUGCGCAAGUAUUUGCUGGACGAGCUGGUCGCCAAGAAGUUCGCCAUGGACUUCAUGGAGCCCGUGGACACAGCGGCGCUGCAGGUGCCCAACUACUACACCAUCAUCAAGCGCCCGAUGGACGUGGGCACCAUCAUCAAGCGCGUGCAGAAUCGCUACUAUCAUCGCGUGGACGACCUAAUCUGUGACUUCCGCUUGGUCAUCAGCAACUGCUUCACCUUCAAUCGGCCUGGGGAUGUGGUUUACCGCAACUGCCAGAAGCUGGAGAAGUUCUUCCAUCGGGUGCUCAACAAGAUGCCCAAGGGCGAGGAGAAGCCCAGCACCAAGGACCCGCGCUCGUCGGGCCGGCAGCAUGGCUACGAGAAGGCGUCCGAAAUCGUUCAGCGGCAGUGCCAGGAGCACCUGGCCAAGCUGCAGGCAGCCGUCGCCAAGGAGGACGACCAAAGCAUUUGCAAGUACUUCAAUGCCAAGUUCGACUACCUUUCGCAGAAGGUGGACAGAUUCUACUUCAAGACCAUCGAGGAGUUCCGCUUCGAGGUGACGGGCAUCUUCAAGAACUUCGACAACCAGAUCAAGGCCUUCCACGAGCUCUUUCACAAGACCUGCGACCAAGACCCGCAUCAGCGCUACUCGAACUGCCACUGGUCGCACGAGCUCGACGCCAGUAAGGCGCAGGAGGAGGCCGAGUCGCACGUCAAACUGGACAAACGCGACAUCACUGAGGUGCUCUUCGCCCUCAAGAGGGCGGAGAGCAGCGUGGAUCACUGUCUCAAGUCCUACUCCAGAGACAAGGAAACCCGCGCCCGGGGCCUGAUCGACGCGUUCGAUGCGACCGCCAACAGGCUCAAGCAGAAGCUAAUGAGAGGCCGCAAAGUUGACAAAACGCGAGAAGAACGCAGAAAGGAGCAGCAGAAGUACUACAGUCAAAUGAAGGAGCACACUCAGGCGCAGGCGCAGGAGCAGGUGACUCAGGAAGAGGAGUCACCCGAGCGAGAGCAGUCCUCGCACUCGUCCGACGACGAGCACAAUGAAUCGCAGCUCUACGUCGACAACCAGCCCGAGCCACAGGACGUCGAAUAUCAGAACUUCCAGCCAGUGGAGCAGAUAGACGAAGAGAAUGUGCCCACCGGCGCAACCAGCUCACCUAUGCAGCCUUGGCAGCUGCCUGAAGACGCCUCGCCGCAAACUAACCCCGAGGAGGUCAACAUGGAGGAGCAGCUCGAUGCAGCUGCAGCGGCCCCUGAGUCUGCUGCAGUGGUCGACUCAACGCUCUGGUCCGACCUGCAGCUAAGCAGCUCCGAUGCUAGCGAGGAAGACGAGUCAUCGUAAUUCCCCCAACUAUGCCGAAUAUAUGAACACGAUAUUCACCUAACUGCAGAUCAGCCUUAGCAAACAUCUACAACACUUAAAUAUCCAGCCAAGCACGUGCAGCACUGCAGUCGGGUGCAAUGACCCGAGACAGCCAAUAAAUAGAACACCUUUCCGAUGUGCCUGGGGCGCCCAAAUGUAGGCAAUGUGCGAACUUUGCCAAUCGAUAAUAGUUUCAACUUCACGUGCUGGCGCCCAGCUAUUGAGUGGGUUAGUUAUUCGCCCAGCCUGCCCGUGCGCAGAUAAGGCUUAGCGCCUUAGCUGCCUGGCCCACCCUAAAACCACCCUGCCCUCUGAUGCAAAUGUCCAGUUUUGUUUGCCACUCGAAAUACUUUGUUACGGAGUAUCUGCCGACUCAGCCAGCCAGCCAGCCAGCUACACAUUUAUCCAUAUCCUUGAAAAGUAGAUGGAAAUUCAUUGAUUUCCAUUUGGAGGCAGGCGACAAAUACGUAAAUAUUAUAAGUAGCAGCAUAAUACCCUUUGCUGUGAGCUGUCAAUUUACAAAUUGAUUACUCAAGUCUCUAUUUAACUGUCGCAUGCAUUCUCAGAAGUCCAACAUACCCCUGCCUGGGCACAGGACGUCAGCUUACCUACACAGUACUUCAAUUUGCUUGGGGCGCAAGUUGACGCGACUCCACUCGCAUCCGCCUCGACUUAGGCUCGGCCUGGAUGCUGCCUAAUUUAUUUCAUUUGUAUUCAUUUGCAGCCAGACAAACAGCCAAUUUAUGCGGGCACCUGGCCUGGCGCGCACCUGCAAUACGUUUGUAAUGAAAUCAAAACUCCAAUUACACGUAAAUAUUUUACAUUUAUAUGCAAAAUGAGACAAUUGCUCAAUUC